CGAACAGCCUUGCGGUGGAAGUGCUAAUAAAGUAACAUUCGGACGCUACUAGGAACAAAGGGCAUCGCUACUAGCAAGGACGCUACUUGGUGCGCUCCUGGCCUUACUACUAGGAGCAAGAGCUCCUAGUAACAAGAAUCAAGCAGAAGUUGAGUACCGUGUGAUAGAAGGAAAGGUGCCAAGGUGUUUCACUCGUUUUUCUGCCAAGACUGGACACCUUUCAUGCAGGGGAAAAACAUUGUGAUUAGGCAAGAGGCUAGAACUUACUGCAACGAUUUCAUUCAGCAUUUGCCCAAGUGUAUGGAAUGGUCAUGGCCAGUGAUGCCGGUCGUUUGGAUUUGCACCUAUGGUCGCACCUGACGCUGAACUCAGACGCAGAGGAUGUCUUAGGGCUUUACCGGAAUUUGCAUCCUUUGCGCUUCAACCAUCGGCAUAUCUAUUGGAACGAGCAGAAGUCACACCUUCUCGUCUUCCUCCACUUGGGUCAACAUGGCUCAUGGACUUUGUGCAAAUGGCAAGGUCCAAGGGGCGCGAGCUCGACACUGACCAAGUUGGUGGCCAGAUGUCGCCGCGGAAUAAAGGCGACCUAUCAGACACUUCGGGUGAGACGUAGUCUUUGGCAUGGAGGCGCUGGCAAGGUCCGCGCUUUGGUUUUGCCGGCAGGCAAGCAAUUCUUUUUCAACAGUACUGGAAACUUUCAGGAAAUUCUCACCGAAUUUGCUGCUGCCCCAGAUGUCAUUCAGAAGAGACUGGGGCUUCUUUCCUCUCGUGCGCGCACUACGAUGGCCGACCCCAGCUUCUUCAUGGCCGAUCUCUCGCGAAUGGUGGGCUGGAUGGAUCGGCCGCCAUUGAAUCUGUGGACGUUGGGGACCUACUUUUAUCACGUGGCACAUGCCCAAGUUCCAGGUUCGCCCUGCUGGGGAGGUGGAUACAUGCCACAGAUGUGUUGUCAUGCACGCAUCAGUCCGGAAAAACUCUCGUGGUGCUUCGGCCGCAUUGAGGGAGACAUGGUGGAACAUUGCUGUGCUAGAUAUUUGGAACAUCCGCCCGUGGGUAGAGUUGAGAUGCCUCCAGUACGUCCGUUGUUUUCCCGGAUCUCGGUACAAAUCUUUCUCCAAAGCUACAACGAGGAUCGGUUUGCACUUCUGCCCUUCUUGGAGUCAGUUGAACGCUUUUGGCCCAAGGACUGGAAAUCACGGGUCUUUGUAGCAGUCGACAACGUGACAGCGGAUCACCAGAUGUGUGAAGCGCUUUCGUCCAGAGUGACUUGUGUCGUAACCGAAAGCAUUCCUCGUGGGCCUUCUGUGAUUGACUCUAUUGAAUGGAGCGGACGCGGCGUGAGCGAGAGAUAUCACAAACUGCUGUUGCAGUAUCACUAUUGGCUUGCAGACAUAUAUAUAGCACAGCAUGUUAAAAUGCCAGACUGGAUUGCUUGGUUUGACGCUGAUGUUGUCAUCCACACACCACGAGUGGAAGAGUUGCUGAUGCCAUUUGGCCUCCCCGUUCACUUUGCCCGUCGCUCAAUGCAGAAUUCAAUGGAGACAAUGUCAUUGGGCCUUGAUUGGGUUGGGGAAUUCAUGGACACAUUCCCUCAGCUGGUACGGCCUAGCCACUUGCAGCAUUUCCGUGCAUUCGUUAAGAAGAUGUUUAACAAAGAUAGCUUUGAAGAAGCAUACCACGCUUGGCGCCAAAGCAUUGAAGAAGCAGCUUUGGUUCAUGGUAAGUUCUACGGCUACCUCUCAGAGGCUGAAGGGCCUCAGAGUUCAUUUCCAGUGUUCUUAUAUCAUUUCCACCACGAGGAAUUCACUUGGGCCCUUGAAGAUGCUGCUGCCUUUGGACUUCCCUUGGAGGAUUCAUGCUUGUCAUUCCGUGUUGCAAGUCAUGUAAGUCAGUGGAAGCACAAAGUGAGGGAGAGCAAUUGGACGGAAGCAGCAUAUGCACAGCGCGCAAGGCGGUUGAUGCAACUCGGACAGAGGAACAGCCGGGUGCUUCGUAUAGCCUUGUUGAGUGCCAACUUCAAUCCUGAAGGCACCUGGAGUCAGAGGAGCUCAGCCCAUUGCAUUGAACGUGACCGAGAAACCAUGCUAUGGCGAUUUUUCCAGCAACGCAAGCUUCUUUGAGGCAGAGGAAUCGAUUGCAAGCGCUCCCCCACCAUUCGCUCGGGUCGGCGGAUACAGAUAUACACGCAUGUUCUUGAACUUGCGUGGAUCCGUGGCCUUCAAAUGCCUUGAGCUGACCUGAUACAUUAAAUGUGUUCUCGUUGAACUCGAUUUCAUGUGUGGAGGCUGAUGGAGGCUGCCUCACAAGAGCAGACUGCCGGCUGCGAUUCGAAUUUAUGUGGCAGAGAAGUGAUCAGCUAGUACCACGCCACCAGCCCCGUCGAUCGAAUUUCCUUGGACACCAUGAAGCACCUCUGUGGAACACUUGUCGAAAUGUCCCAUCAAUGAGGCACAAAAAGGCUCUCAGCAAUUCCUUGGAAGAGCCUUUUUUCACAUCCACGAGGGAAUGUCAAGUGAAGCAAUACAAUAAUACAUUGCUGAAUCAUAGCAUGCCAAGGUGAUAGCUGGCGAUCACUUCCUGACAUGUCCUGAUCUGAGGCAGAAAUCACUUC